CUCCAUCCGCCCUCUGGAACCCUAUAAAUGUAUUGCCAAAUCGUCCGAGGGAUAAAACACGGGUAUACCUCCUACAGCCUGCAAUUCUGCUUAAACACGAGGCAUAAAUCUCAGGAGCUCAACUUGUGGCAGACGGAUCUGAUGGUGAUCGGCAAAAUGGAAGCUGAUUGCGUCGCAGCAUACUUCGGGGGCAAGAAUAUCCUCAUCACCGGCGCAACUGGAUUCCUUGGAAAAGUGCUCGUGGAGAAGAUACUGAGGGUCCAGCCUGGUGUCACAAAGCUCUUCCUCUUGGUUCGAGCCACCGACGACAAAUCCGCAAGGAAGCGGGUCCAGACCGAGGUAACAGGAAGGGAGAUAUUCCAAGUUCUGAGAGAAAAGCAUGGCAUGGGUUUUGAAGAUUUCAUCGAAGAAAAGGUGUGCCCUUUGGCAGGAGACGUCAUGUAUAAGGAUUUUGGACUAGACACUGCCAAGCUGGAAGAACUGUCCAAGGAUGUAGACAUCAUCGUCAACGGAGCUGCGACUACGAAUUUCUAUGAAAGAUACGAUGUAGCUUUCGACACCAACGUCUUGGGAGCGAAGCAGAUUUGUGCAUUUGCAAACAAGUGCACCAAACUAAAAAUGUUGCUUCACGUUUCAACUGCCUACGUAUGUGGUGAGCAAGAGGGACUCGUACUAGAGAAACCAUUCAUGAUGGGGGACACACUACGGGAGGGCACACACUUAGACAUCGAAUCCGAGCUAAACCUGAUCAAGCAUGCCCAGAUGGAACUGAAAGCUAACUGUGCUACAGACAAGGCUGAGAGGAAAACCAUGAAGGAACUUGGCCUCAAGAGAGCGAGGCAUUUCGGGUGGCCAAAUACCUAUGUUUUCACCAAGGCAAUGGGCGAGAUGCUGUUGGGGCACCUGCGAGGCGACCUUCCGGUCGUCAUCAUCCGGCCGAGCAUCAUAACUAGCAUCCUCAAGGAUCCAUUGCCUGGAUGGAUGGAAGGAGUCAGAACAAUCGACUCAGUUUUCUUGGGUUACGCCAAGCAAGCCUUGAAAUUCUUUUUGGUAGACCCCGAUACCAUAAUGGACGUGAUUCCGGGGGACAUGGUGGUGAACUCUAUGAUGGUGGCCAUGCUGGCUCACUCAGAGGAACAAGCACAGACCAUCUACCACGUGACGUCAUCCAUGAGCAAUCCGGCGUCGUACAUGACUCUCCGAGAGUCGGCCCACCGCUACUUUGUGGACAACCCGCCGCGAGGGGAGAAUGGUGAGCCCAUCCGGAUGAACAAGAUGCGCUUCUUCAGCACGGUUGCCAGGCUCCGCGCUUACAUGGUCAUCAAGUACAAGCUCCCUCUCGAGAUCCUUCACCUGUUUAACAUUGUGCUAUGUGGUGUUUUCUCGCGGCGCUACAACGAGCUCAGCGGAAAAUACAGACUGGCCAUGCACCUGAUCGAUCUCUAUGCGCCUUACACCUUAUUCAAAGGGCGCUUUGAUGACAUGAACCUUGAGAAGCUGAGGAAGGCGAAGGAGCAAAAUAGUGAUGGAGGAGAAUACAACUUUGAUUUCGAUCCCAAGACAAUCGACUGGGACAAGUAUUUCUACAUGGUUCACUUUCCCGGCGUCCUCAAGUAUCUGGCGUGAGACUUGAGUUACAUUACAUCCAAUCAGCUAAAUAACAAAUAUAUUUGAAUGUAUUGUUGCACUAUGAGUUGCACAACUCUCAUGGUUGUGUUACCUUUGCUUAGAUACUUGUGUAUGUUCCACAUAUACUUUUAAGACGUGUCAUUAAUUAAUAAAGCAUGGGAUCACAAUUCAA